CCCCCCACUUUGAUGGUCAUCGUCAAAAUUACGCGCGCGGCCCGCCAGCUCGAGGCUGGGCCUAGUAGGGCCAGGGUGCCCUGGCCCCUAGGCCUGAGCCUGCAAGGCCCAGGCCCAGGGCCGAGGCUGGCCGGACAUGUACAGAGCUGCCAUGAGCGGCCCGCGACGUGCUGGAUAGGGAACUCCGGUACAUGUGAUCAUUUCAAUUUCAAAGUCCUGUGUGGGGCAAUGGCGACUGUCGUGGAGAGAGCUCAAGCAGCAACGGGAAGUCAACAAAAGGCACCCCGGCCGUUGUCUGCUGAUGAGAUCCCUGGGGCGGUGGAGAAGGAAGUCCAGAAGUUGCAGUCAGACGAUGUUGGGACGGCCUCCCUUGCCGCGCUGGCCAUCUUCUUGUUGGGGCAGCGGGAGGAUGCGUGGCCCCAUCUGCACACCGCUAUCCGGCCCUUGGUGAAUCUGCUGACGUCAGACCAGGAGUCAAUUCAACGAAACGUGUUUGCCGCCCUCACUGUCAUCUCCAACGCUAAUGACGACCUCAGGGGCCAGGUGGCAGCUUCCUCAGCGGUGGUGCCCGCCUGCCUGGACGCUCUCUCCGAUCCAGUCCUGGGGGUCAAUGCGGCCAACUUGCUAGGGGCACUGGCGCAACAUGCAUCCGUGAGCAGCGACUUGUUUGCGGUGGGGGGCAUUCCGCGGCUGCUGGCGGCGUUCGAGGUCCCGCAGCAGCCCGUCCUAUGGGAGGCCGUCGUCGACGUGCUAUGCCACCUGGCAGCCGAGGAGUCGUUGCGGCCGUCGCUGGCGCAGGAGGGCGUCAUCGGCGGGCUAGUCCCCCUGCUGGCGUGCAGCGAGAGCGAGGUCGUCGUGCGCGCCCUGCUCGGGCUAGGCAUGCUCUGCGGCGCAGAUGCGGAUCGCCAAGCUCGGCUGGCGGAGGAGGACGGGGCCGCCACGCAGCUGCUGACGCUCAUGAAGUCCCCCGACGAAGACGUCAGAAACAUUUCAAAAGAGGUGUUCUUGUCCCUGGCGUCAAACCCCAUUCUCAAGCCGGCCAUUGAAGCAGAAAUCAGACGAUCUACUUCGAAGUCAACAGAACGAUGAUUCGCUGGCACUUUGGAUCUGGACGCACGCUGCUGCAUAUUGAUUCGUUACCUUGCUUCCAAUCAGGGUUCAAGAGGGCCGUCCGAGAUGCCACUCGUGGCUUAUUAUAUGCAGCCAUUUGGCGUAUGUCUACAGAAGAUUGGUCUCAAAAAAGUUGUCCUGUUUCUGGAAGUCCAUGCACUGUCGG